AUGUCUCAGCAAACUUCCCUCCACAUUGCCCUCGACUCGGGCGCCCCUGCAGGUAGCACGGACUUCACUACCCUCGUCAUGAUCCAUGGGUACAACUGCCCUGGAGGCAUGUUCGCGAAGCUCGUCCCACUCGCGCACAAGCACAACUCGCGCGUCGUUUUCGUCAACCGGCGCGACUACCCUGGCGCGAAGCCCUACGAUGCCGCCGAGCUUGCCGUGCUCAAGGAGGCUGCCGCUGUCGUAUCCGCGGACCCAGCCAAGGCGCAUUCUCUUCUCGCCCCAUUCAUGAAGGAGCGCGCCCGCGAGGUGUUCGACCUCCUCGCGCACAUCGUGGAGGAGGGCAACAUCACGCUCCCGCAGAAGGAGAAGAACACCGGCGGGAUCAUCGUCGGGGGCUGGUCGUUCGGCACCGCAUGGAUGACCGCGCUGCUCGCGCACGUCGCCGACUUCUCCGCCGGCAGCCCCGUCGCAGUCGACGCCUACGUGCGCCGGGUCAUUCUCCAUGACGGUUCCUACCCCAUCCUGGGCUACCCCUCUCCCGACAGCCCCGACAACUACAACCCGACCCUGGACCCCGCCUUCUUCGACCUCUCCACGGACCCGACGGUCGCCCUGCGCUGGGUGAGCGGCUACUUCGCGCACGGCGACACCGAGGCCACCCUGCAGAAGCGCGUGCCGCUGGACACGCCCACGCCCACGCUCCUCACACUCACCCCCGAGGAGACUGCGAGCGCUCUGUGCGUCACCCCCGGGCUGCCGGGGGGCUCCGACCAGCUGCUCUUCAACACGGGCGUCGACUGCGGGCUGUUCACCGCGCUGCGCGAGGCGGCGCUCGCGACGCCCUCGGACGCGCGCGGGUGGCCGGCGGUCGAGGUGCGCUACGUGUGGUGCGAGGCGUCGGUGUGGGAGAUGGUGUGGUGCGCGUGGAGCAUACGGAAGGAGAUGGAGGAGAAGGUGGCGGGGAUGCGCGAGGUGCGCAUCUUGCGUCUCCCGAAGGCAAACCACUUUGUGCACUGGGACGAGCCUGAGCGCUCUUUGAAGGUGUUCUUGGCUGGGGAGGAUGUAUCGGAGAUGUGA